UGUAGAAAGACGACUUUUAUACAAGGAAACUCUUUCCGGUGGACACCAGGAAGACUGGCAUCCUCAGAGACAGUUGGUAGUUCCAACUAAGUACCGAGUCAAGCUAUUAAGCUUAGCCCACGAUCAUCCUAGUGGCCAUGCUGGGGUGAACAGGACCAAAGACUGGUUGGGGAGGUCAUUCCACUGGGAGGGAAUGGGCAAGGAUGUUUCUACCUGUGUCCGGUCUUGUGAGGUAUGCCAAAAAGUGGGAAAACCCCAAGACCAGGUCAAAGCCCCUCUCCAGCGACUCCCCAUCAUUGAAGUUCCAUUUCAGCGAGUAGCUGUGGAUAUUCUGGGUCCUUUUCCGAAAAAGACACCCAGAGGAAAGCAGUACAUACUGACUUUCAUGGAUUUUGCCACCCGAUGGCCGGAAGCAGUAGCUCUAAGCAACACCAGGGCUAAAAGUGUGUGCCAGGCACUAGCAGACAGACAUUUUUGCCAGGGUAGGUUGGCCCUCUGACAUCCUCACAGAUGCAGGAACUAAUUUCCUGGCAAGAACUAUGGAAAGCCUUUGGGAAGCUCAUGGGGUAAAUCACUUGGUUGCCACUCCUUAUCCACCAUCGAACAAAUAGCAUGGUGGAGAAGUUUAAUGGAACUUUGGGGGCCAUGAUCCAUAAAUUCGUAAAUGAGCACUCCAACGAUUGGGACCUAGUGUUGCAGCAGUUGCACUUUGCCUACAGAGCUGUACCACAUCCUAGUUUAGAGUUUUCACCAUUGGAACUUGUAUAUGGCCGUGAGGUUGAGGCCGUUACAGUUGGUGAAGCAGCAAUGGGAGCGGUUUACACCUUUUCCAGGAACUAACAUUCUGGACUCUGUAACCAACCUACAAAACACCCUCCGAACCUCUCUAGCCCUUGCUAAAGAAAACCUACAGGAUACUCAGAAAAAGCAAAAAGCCUGGUAUGAUAAACAUGCCAGAGAGCGUUCCUUCGAAGUAGGGGACCAGGUCAUGGUCUUAAAGGCGCUCCAGGCCCAUAAAAUGGAAGUGUCAUGGGAAGGGCCCUUCAAGGUCCAGGAGCGCCUGGGAACUGUUAAUUAUCUCAUAGCAUUCCCCAUCUCCAACCAAAAGCCUAAGGUGUACCAUAUUAAUUCUCUAAAGCCCUUUUAUUCCAGAGAAUUAAAGGUUUUUCAGUUUACAGCCCAGGGAGGAGAUGACGCUGAAUGGCCUGAAGGUGUCUACUAUGAAGGGAAAAGUGCUGGUGGCGUGGAAGAGGUGAACCUCUGCAUGACCCUGGGGCGUAUGCAGCGACAGCAGAUCAAGGAGCUGUGCACUAGCUACGUGCUGAUGUUCUCAACCACCCCAGGACUGACUGAACGGGCAUACCACUCCAUUGACACAGAUGGGGAAAAAAAUGCAGAGUGGUGAAGUGAUGUGCCCAAGAGUAACAUAGGAGUCUGUGGCAGAGCAGAGAUAAGACUUCCUAUUUGAGCACGUGUGAAGAGGAUGCACCUCACAUCACAUUACUGAGAUAUCAUUGAAGUGCCCAUCUCAUAGUAUCUGCGUGCCUCGAAGUGAGAAAAUGAUCCCUAUCCAAAAAUUCUCCAUUGCUUCCUCAGCUACCGUUAUAUUGGGGUUGUUCUUGCCUGUUUAUAUCCCAGAAAGUCACAAGCAGGUCUACAGCCAUCACUACUGAAGAAAGUCUUGGCUAAAGAGAGGAGUAGUGUACUGGGCUCUAAAGGUGAUAAAACUUGGACUCAUCCUGAUCUCCAAUGGAAGGGAAUUUCACAUCUAAGGGCUUGCCUCUGAGAAUGCCAGGACUCCAGCUCCGAGCAGUUGUACACUGAGAUCCCUCAACUAUGAAUACCUACUUGAUUGCAGCUGCUAUCAUGGUUGAGGAGAGGAAGGCAGACAGCCAGGCCCCAGGGUGGGCUUUAAAGAUUAGCAUCAGGACCUAGAUGAAAAUCUCUAGGAACUCUGACUUAAGAAAAGCCCAGAGCUUGUCAAUGCAAGACCUGAGUACAGAAGUCUGGAUGUAGAACUUCUCCUCCCAUCAAGAAGCAAAUUAGUAGUCCCUUACUGUCACUGGAACAGCGCCCCUUUAACAGUAUGGCAGCUGUCAGCAGGCAACUCACAAACUCCAUCUUUGAAGAACUAAAUUACAAUUGUGUUGAGAUGCUUUUCCAUUCAGAACUCAAAACCCUGUGCCGAGCACUGGGCAAAGUUCCUUUAUACCAGUCUCUUUUCUGUCAGGAGUUAGUUCCAGCAUGAGUUUUUUGAGAAGAUGUCAAAAUAAAGACUUUGCCAGAGAGCAAAGCUGUGAGUUUAAGAGCUCUCUGCUGAAGAAAGUUUGGAUACCGGUGGAUCAAUAGCAUAAAAUCCCCUGGGAGUGCAAACACAGAUUCAUAGGCUGGAUUGAGUCUGUGUUACAAUCAGAUUUACUUAAGUAUUAACUGUUGCUAGUGCUUAGGAAAUAAAUAGCUCUUGUACCUUUA